AUCUCGCUGGCAGAGGCAGUACCUGAGCCAAGGUAGAAAGCAACAGACGCAAAACACACACACUUCAGGCUCGGAUCGGAAAGGAAUGCGUUGACAGGGAUGAGCACAAGACUGGCGCUUGUUUUCUUCCUCCUCUUUGUCGCCAAAGCCGAAAAUGAACUGCCGGCGGACGCAGAUGACACCAAUUACCACGAUUUGCAAGAGGAUCGAGUUCGGCGUCCGGGGUACCCGACGUGCGCGGCUCGCCUGGCGCCAGCUUUGAAGAACAUGCGGCGCAAAAUGGACGAGCCGACGGGCAAAAUCAUCGACCUGAAGGGUCUCACCCUGCACCAGACCAUCCAGGGCGCGCCGCUCGACAUGUACAUCACGGACAUGAAGGUCAAAGGCCUCGGACAGCACUACCUCCAAAGAUGCAGUUUUGCUCGGUCGAACCAUUCCUUGAUGACCAAUCUUGUAUUCAACGAGAUUAUGGCACGAGGAACAGUGCGGUUGCGAGACACGUCCCCCCUGGGUGUUUUAACCUGGCUCGUGGACAACGUCAAGUGCGACAUCACCCUCAGAAUGCGAGCGGCGCCGUUGGAGGUUGCCGUGAGCGGCGACGCGUACCGGCGGGGCGUCGGUCCGCAGGUGCAGCCAACGUCGCGGAUGUCGUCGCGCUUUCUGCCCGAGGCGAACGAUCGCACCGAGUUCAAAGGGUGCGACGAGCCGCUGAGCCACCGGCGCCGCUCGGACGACGGCGCCGAGGACAGCGCCGAGGCCCGGACGCGGCAGUAUCUGCGCACGCCGGCCAUCGUCCGGCAGAUGGAGACGGGUUUCAUGCGCGGAAUCAGACAGAUCAUGGGCAUGUACAUGGAGCGCCAGCUCAGGACAACCAUGACCGACACGCUGAUGGCCUACAUGGGCUACACGGUGUCCUACGGAUGAUUUCUUGUUUAGUUGAUUGAUUGUAGUAUAUUUAUUUAAUAUGCAGAGAGACCUGUGCUUUUUUGGACUGCGAAAUAUGCCACAAUUGUCAAUAAAUUAGGGAAAUGAUAGGCAUAUUUAAUAUAAAUUCUUAUUUGUGUUUAUUUUGAUAAGGAAAGUUGUUUAAAAUUAAAUGCUUUAAUAUUUUUACCACACACUCUUCUUGUUUUUAAAUCAGGUUUCAACUUCAAAAACUUAUUUUACAUUUAAUAACCGUUGAAAGCGAGAAAAGCAUUAUUUAAUUACUAAACGUUGAAUACAAUUUUAUAAAUUUUAGUUUGUUGUUUUUUAAAACUUCAAUUUUCAAUCUUUCAAGAAAAACUGUUUAAUUUUAAAUAAAAAAUUAAUUAAGGUCAAGAU